GCCCCCUCUAUCUGGGCUCUGCACUGUGUCAGCGAGGCCGCUCCAGCUGCCGCUGGUCCUUUCAGCGAGCGCGCAGGGUAUUGUCGUGUCGUAGAGGAAGCUUUAUUGAUCUCCUCAGCCGUCUCUUUUGACGGAUAAUAGAGAGUGUUAAUCUCCCCCUGGGAGUGUAUGAAUAUUCACAUCACCCCCACCACCACCACCACCCUCCAACCAGGGAGAGUAGGGGGAGCAUGUCCGGGAGCGGCUUACCAAAAGCUCAGCUCGCCUCUCAUUGGACUCUCUCAUUAUCCUUGGUACCCUGUUCCCAUCUAUCUCCUCUUCUUCCCCUUGUGACACUUGUGAGGAGGGACCGAGGGAGUGACACACCGACUCUCUCACACACACACACACAUACACACCCGAACAGCAGAGAGGCUAAAUCACAAUGGACUCUUCUACCGGAGUGAAAACCAAGGGUGGAACCCCGAAUAGGCCUCUAACUUCUAGACCCUCUUUGUCUAAAAACACAAAAACCGGAAGCCCCACUCCCUCUCCUAAAGUAGCCUCAGAGAGCCCCCGCUUGGCCGCCUCCAGGGGUGUUGGGCCAACGCCUAAGCCUGCAGCAACAAAAGGGGCAACUGCAGUAAAGGAAGCAAAUGCUGCAAAGAGCAGCUCCAUCAGGUCUGUAGCUGCUUCACCCAUCAAAUCCAGAAUGGUCACACAGAAAGAUCCAGCAUCUCCAAUCAAACCCCCAGCCAAGCAGAUGACUCGCCCCCAGAAUGGAGCUCAACAGACGGCAUCCCUAUUAGUCACAAAACAUGAAGCUGCCAAGAAAACUGCCGAAGGAGCCCAGCUCAAUAAGCCUAAACCUGGACAGGAAGGAGGGAACACUACGCCCUUAAAACGGAGCGGAAUUGCUAAAAGGGAAGUGGGCAAACUUCCUGAAAAUGGAUCAGUGCCAAAAGAUAAGACAUUGUGCCUUCAGCCAGAAAGUAGUGCAUCUGUGCCAUCCAAGCCACUAGCCACUGCAUCGAGCCCAACCAAAAUUUUAAAAGCGAACUCGAUUUCUCAUAAGCCAAAACAGAUUGUGCCUCCACCAGAAAAGCCUGCUAAUGCUACAUCAUCAUCUACAAAAGCAACUAAAAGCCCAAUGGCAUCUAAUAAACAAGGUGCCACGACUUCAACUCCUGUUAAGACAGCAUCUCCAUUGGUUAGGCCGCAAAGGCCUACAGCAGUUUCAACCAAAGUGACAAAAACACCUACAUCCCCCAUUAAACCAUUGAAUACAUCAUCUGCUCCAACUAAGCCACGUAAUGCUACACCUGCAAAACCACCGGGGAACACGAUGUCUCUAACUAACCAAGUUAAAGUAGGCAAGAGAUUACCAACCACAAGUAAAGCAACAUCUGUGCCAGCUAAACAGGUAAACAGUGUACCUACCGCAAUCAAACCAGCAAAAUCGUCUCCUCUGGUUCGGAAAGCAGAAAAAGAACAAUACGCUGAAGCUACACCAGUACAAACUGAAAUUGGUGAAACUCUCUCAGCCGAGUAUCUACAAGUCAUUGAUUCAGAAGCUGAUAAUGCAGAAACGAGAAAAAACGAAAAAAUGGCUGAAUUGGAUAAGUCUCAUGAACCACUUAAUAUAGUAGAGGAAGUGGUAGCUGUACCUGUGAAUUAUGCCAUAGAAAAUACCACACACAAUGAUGUGAAAAUGGAGGAAGAAAUAUUAAAACAGUCUGAGCUGCCUUUAUGCAUCAAUGAAUCCACAUCAGUGACUGAGAAAGUUUCAGCCGAAACACUUUCACAGGAUAAAGAGGCUCAGCUAUUCAUAUCUUUUACUCAAGGAGUAAAGUCUUCCACAAAACAAGUUACAGAGGAGGAAGUUAAUCCUUCAAUUACAGAACAACAAAUGUCAGAGCCUUUAAUCCUAUCAGCCGAACCUUUCUAUGACGAGCAACAAAGUGAAAAAUCUUAUGACAAACAAGUAAAUGUUCCAAGGUCUCCUCGUGAACUAGCCAUAUAUUCUACAGGGACUGACAAUUCCUUGGAGAAAAAAAUGGAAAUGACAGAAGUGAGCGAAGGAGCUUUAUCUACAGGUCAUGUAGUCAAUGAUGUAAGUGAAGAUUACAAUGUUCUAUCCUCCAUUGAUCCUCCAAAGCAGACAAUUGAUCUUUUAUUAGAAAAUAGACACACAGACGAAGAACAACUAUCUUUUAUGGAUCAUGGAACCAAUUUAAAUCAAUCUGACAAAACCCAGAUCAAACCCUUAAAUGAAGAACCGUUUCCAGUGGAAAGUACUGAACCAUUAGAAGAUGUUGUGACAUCUUCUUUAGAGCAAGUUACACCAUUAGACGAAGUUACCCUGACAGAUGAUGAGCUGGAGCCUGCAGAACAGAAAGGUGCACUGGUAAAGGAAGAACAAAGAAAGUCAUCAAAUACUUUAGAUCACUUUGACGUAUCACCUAUUGAUCCACACACUCCGAUAGGACUACUUACAUCUUCAACUGAGGAAUUAACACCUUCAGAAGAUGAAGCGGAUGUUUUAAAAGAUGAAGAACAAACAUUGGAGAAGAGAAUGCCUUCCUCAGAACAACUAAAUAUGGAAGAAGUAACAUGCAAUAUGGCUCAAGCUGAGCCAAAGGAGACAGAUACAUUUUCAAUUAAACCAGACAUAUGUUCAAGGAAAGAAAUCAACACUCCAGAGGAACGUUUUGGAGAUAAUAUAAUAAAUGCAGAAGAAUCAAAUACAUAUUUGGAGAAACAAAUGCCAUUGGAUGAAAUACCACAAUCUUCAUCUGAAGGUAAACAUUCAGAGGAAGUACCGUAUUUAGAUGAAGAAAGACUUUCUGAAGACCCAAAGUUGUUUAUGGAACCGAUUGAAUAUUCAUUUCAAUCUUCCAAAGAAGAAGCAAUGGUUCCUGUAGAACCCUUACACAGUUUAGCUGCAGAAGUCAAACCUUCACAGGAUGAACCCAUGUUUUCAGUGGAAUCACUAGAGUCUUCAGCUGAAGCAGUCAAUUCUUUACAAGAUGAACCAAUGACAGAAGACUCAGGAGAGCUUGCAGCUAAAGAAGGUAAUAAUUUAUGGGAAGAACCAAUGUUGUCAAAUGAACCACUUCAUUCUUUAGCUGCAGUAGAUCCAUCUUCAAGAGGACAACCACUAACAUUGCUGAAGUCCACAUUAGAACCACUGAAUCGUUUAGAAGAAGAGGAAUCAAGACUGUCUUCAGCUGAAGAAGCCAAAUCUUCACAGGAAGAACCAAUGUUGACAAAGGAUUCACAACCAUCUUCACUUGAAGCAGGCCCACCUUCUGGUGAAGAGCCACUGGUAUUGCUAAAGUCCACAUUAGAACCACAGAAUAAUUUAAAAGAAGAAUCACAACAGUCUGCAGCUGAGGAAGUCAUAGAUGCACGGGAAGAAACAAUGUUGACAAAGGAUUCAAUACGGUCUUUAGAUGAAGCAAACCCAAGUUUAGGGGGAGAAUCACUGUUAUUGUUGAACUCUACAUUGGAACCACUGAAUCAUUUAGACAUAGUGUCUUCAUAUCACCCACUAACAGAAACUGAAGAAACAAUAAGAUUAGAAGGGUCACGGUCUCCGAGAGAAUUGCUAGAAUCAAAUCCAUAUCUUGUGUCACUAGAAGAUACUGUGCCACAUGAACUCGUUAAGGAGGAAAGCAAUGCUAUCUCAACGCAGGGAGAGGAAGAAACCCAAGCAAUGGAGCAACAAGGACACUUUAAUGCAACAAAACCAGUAAAAUCUGAAGAAAUCCAUGGAGUUUCCAUGGUAGAAUCAUCAGAGUAUGUAAACAAAGCUGCAAACAUGGAUCCAGAAGGAGUUCAUGAGAAUCUUCCAGUUAGGUUGGCGUUGUUUCAUGAACCAUUACAUAUGAUGCAUGAGCCUGAACAUGUGACUGCAGCAGAAAAACAGCUAGACUCAGCAGCAGCAGAGGUCGAGGAUACAAAUAAUCCAAUAAUACUAGGUCAGCCUGUCCAGGAAUCUGUAUUGUCCCCAGAGGAACCAUUAACAUCCACAGAUGAGUCUAAAACUACUUUUGUGGAAGUGGCUGACUACCCAGAGAAACCAAUAAAAUCUUCAUUAGAGCUGGUCAAAAGUGCAGAAUAUGAUGAAGAGGCUACAAAUCCAUCAAUACAUGAAUUAAUGGACUAUCCUAAGGAUUUUACCACACCUCCAUUGAACACAGCUAUGUUUACAACAUCAGAGGAUAGGGCUGUAUUUUCAGCAGAGCCAGGAAAUAUGAACACUACUGCACUAGAUUUACCACAUUAUGGAGGUUAUAUGGAAAAAUCAGAAACAGGAAUGUCAUGGACAUCAGGAAACAAUGCAUUUGUUGAGACCUCGGAUGAAGUGAAUGAUCCACCCGUUCAUGUCAUGGCACCACUGGAUUCAGUAGAAGAACCAAUAAAACAUGAAGUUCCGAUACAGCCAGAAGAAUCUGAAGAUGAAAGAAAUAUGCUGGUUCCAACAAAAGAAGAAACAUACUAUUCAAUAGACUAUCAUGUAAACCAACCUGAAGAGCUGAUGACAUCAGAACCUUUGCCUUCAGCAGAGGAUGCAUAUGGUACAAAAGAAUUAGAGCAAGUUAGAGAUCUAGAUAAAUCAUCAUCAGACCCACAUAUCUAUGUGACUUUGGAUCCAACCACAAACCAAGACAUAGAGAGAAAUAUAGAAGAAAACAAGCCCCCGACAGAAUUAGGUUAUGCCAGAUUAAAUUCAUUCACAAUAGACAAUACUACCAAUGUUCUAGAUCAAAACAACCCUACAGAAAUCCUAAAGCAGAAUAAUUCUACUGAAAUCCAUCAGGCUUCACCUAUCCUACAUACAUUUCCUCCACCCACAUAUUCUAUCUCAGUGCUGCCAACAGAGCAGAAUGUUGAGGAUAGUGAUCUCCCUAUGUACCCAUUGCAGAACAUCGAUCCCAGAGAUCAAUCACAAGACGCUGAAAGGGAACCAUGGGUGAUUUUAAAGGUAGAGGACUUAUCAGAUUUUAAGGAAGAAUCAGAAGAGAGACCACUCAGGCCUGCAAGUCUAAAUCAAGAUGGUGAGGUGCAGGAGGAGCAGAAGGCAGAAGAAGAGCAGGUGGAAAGGGCAUCAGUAUGCAGUACACUGAGUGAUCCCCAACUGGCGGCAAAAAGUAGUAGUGAGACAAGUACUCCCGAAGAGCUGAGAACUUACGAAGAUUCUAGUUCUGGUGUGGAGUCCCAUUCAGAUGAUGCUGCUACAUCCCCACAAACCAUGCUUACACCUGACCCAGAUUUGGGUAUCCACAUGGGACAGGAAGAAGGAUCAGAAACUCCAGCUGGUACACCUGCUUCAAACAAGAGUGUUCCUCCCCCACUCCAGAUUGUAGACAUCGAGGGCCAGUCUCAAAGUACUUCCCCACAUAGCAUCAACGACUCCUCAGAAAGUAACCAAAUUGUGCGAAAAAAGGAAAUGAUGGCUUCUACUGAAUCAAAAGAACAUGACUAUGAGGAGACGGCAAAGGAAAGAGGAGCUCAAAGAGGUGAACCCUUUCCCACUGCUACACCUUCAGAUGGGUUAUACACAAUCUACGAGUCAGAACACGGACCUCAAGAACGCAGCCCGAGAGGGGCAGAACUGGGGCUGGUGGAGCAGAUCAUCGGAAGAACAUUGCUACUGGCGGCCUCAGAAGGGGGGAUGAAGGGAGGUGUGCGGGGGGCAGAAUUGGGAAAGUGGGCCGAACUGUUGUCCCCACUGGAUGAGUCCCGUGCUAGUAUUACAUCUGUCACCAGUUUCUCUCCUGAAGGCGAUGCUUCUCCACAAGGUGACUGGACAGUCGUUGAGGUGGAAACUUUUCACUAAGUUAAGCUCCAUCUAGGCAGGGAACUGUGAGGAGUGUGAAAUGCAAGAUUUCUGUGUAGGGCAGUGGCUCCACCCAUUAGAGACACUGCCACAAAUGUGUGAGUUAUUGUGGUAAUUGUGUGGUUCUACCCAUCCCUGAGCGACAGUGGCACCACCCAUGGAGAGCAUGUUCAUGAGUGACAGUGGCUCCGCCCACGCAGAGCGUGUUUCUGCUUGACAGUGGCUCCAACCAUACAGAUCAUGUUCCUGAUGACAGUGGCUCCGCCCACGCAGAGCGUGUUUCUGCUUGACAGUGGCUCCAACGAUACAGAUCAUGUUCCUGUGUGACAGUGGAUCGACCUAUGCAGAUCAUAUUCCAGAAUGGCAGUGACUCUACCCACGCAGAACAUGUUCCCGAUUGAGACAGUGGGAUUACCUAUGCUAGGCAGUGUGCUUCGUUUGUGACAGUGAUUCUACCCAUGAAAAACAUUAUGCUGUUCUUGAAGGACACUGCAACAAAUGUGUGAGUUAUUGUAAUACCAGUGUGGUUGUGUGGCUCCACCCAUGCCAAGCAUUUUCCUGAGUGACAGUGGCUCCAACUAUGCAGAGCAUGUUCCUGAGUGACCGUGGCUACACCCAUGAAAAUAAUUAUGCUGAGUGUAAAGGACAAUGGUUCCACCCAUGUGUCGCAAUGUGAUGAAUGUAUACGUAAGUGGCUCCACUUAUUAGGGGGCACUGUGGUAAGUUACACAGAAGAAAACUGUAUUGAUGUGCAAUAUGUGUCUUUGAGUGUGGAGCUUUGCACUAUUUAAAAUCCUGAAGAUCUCAUGGAUCAAUGUUGUGAACAAGGACUGUUUUUGUUUUUUUCUUAUUAAAGCUUGGGACCAUCCAUUUGAAAAAUAUUAAAUUUGUCCAA